AAUAUAUGUUGUGAAUUCUCCUGACAGUUUGCAACCUGCUUCUUAAUACAUUUGCAUAUUUGUACGUUAAGUGAUUUCUUAGUGAAUAACUUUAGUCCGUAAAGACAACAUCCGGGAAUCAGUCUUUGGCUAUAGGGCUUGUCUCCCUUGUGUCACAGUUGACAUUUAUUAGGUGUAAGCUAAUGCUAACUGUCAUAGAGGUAAAAACAUGCCACUCUGCUUACUAUAUUCAUUAGUGUUAGACGUAACGUAACAUGCUGGAAUCCACGUGCACUUGAAUAACGCUUGAAUAACGUGAAAACUGACGCAACGUCCGGGUACUGUAUCAUAUGGUAGUAAUCAGGCUUCUCAGGACUGUUGUUCUGUGGCAGCCUGUCAGUUACCUGUCAAAAUUUGAAUUAUGUAGUAUAUCUGCACUGUCCAGCAUGCCCUGUGAAGUGAAGCCUCGGUUCGUGCUUCUGUAUGGGUCUCAGAAGGGCCAAGCCCAGUCCAUAGCAGAGGGGGUAGCUGAGGCUGCAGAGGAGCACGGACUGGUUGCUGAGCUCAGCUGCCUGGACCACACUGAACGGUACAAUUUGGAGAAGGAGAAUGCCCCAGUGGUCUUUAUUGUGUCUACUACUGGAGAUGGGGAACCUCCAGACAAUGCCCUCCAAUUUGUAAAGUGCAUCAAGAAGAAGACCCUCUCCACUGACCACUAUAAACACCUUUGCUAUGCACUUUUAGCUUUAGGAGACACAAAUUAUGCAAAUUUCUGCAACUGUGGGAAGACCAUUGAGCGACGUCUGCAGGAACUCGGAGCCAAACAAUUCUAUGCAACAGGAUAUGCAGAUGAUGGUGUAGGGCUGGAGGUGGUUGUGGACCCCUGGCUUGACGGGCUGUGGAAAGCAAUCAAAGGAGCCUUAUCAAAAAUGGCUUCUGACAGGACUGGUUACAUGAAAGGAGAAGCAGGGGAUUCACCAAAGAAAACUCCAGAUUCAUCCAUACCAGACAUCCAACUAAACCUCUUAAGCAUCACUGACCGCCAGAACUGCGAGUCCCCAGGAGGAUCUGGAGAAACGAUCUCCAAAUUAGCAUCCGCUGCUUCAUGUUCAGCUUCUGCUACAUCCUCUGCUCCUUCUGAUCUCGGGCCAGCUUCUCCUGCAGAGAGCCCUGGGUUGGCAUCUCAGUCUUGUGGUACUGCCAGUGUUUCUACAUCAGGACCAGACACACGGACUGGGGAUGCUGGAGUUUCCCAUGCUGAACUGGCAGCCUCACUGACAACCUCCCUGCCACCGCUGUCUGAGUCCUCUCUUAAUGUUCCUGCUCUGCCUCCCCCCUACCUGGAUGUCUCUCUCCAGGAGGUGGACAUGAUGGAGCAGAUUGCUGGACCGUUAAACAAAGACACUCUUCAUGAGGUUCCCAUAUCCAAGGCAGUUCAUCUGACCAGAGGAGAUUCAGUCAAGACAGCCCUUCUCUUAGAGCUGGAUGUCUCUGACUACCCAAUGAUGACCUAUCAGCCAGGGGAUUCGUUUGAUGUGUUCUGCCCAAACAGAGCCACUGAGGUGGAGGACAUGCUCCACAGACUGGGCCUUCAUGACAAGUUGAACCACAGAGUACAUAUUUCUUUAUGCAAAGACUCUAAGAAAAAGGGUGCCCAGGUGCCACCAUACGUUCCUCAGAACAUUUCUCUGCUGUACCUGCUGACAUGGUGUUUAGAGAUCAGAAGUGUUCCUAAGAAGGCGUUUCUCAGAGCGCUGGUGGAGCAUACGGUGGACAGUGUGCAGAGAAGGAGACUGCAAGAGCUCUGCAGUAAACAAGGCUCUGCAGACUACAACAUGUAUGUCAGAGACCCGAGCCUCAGCGUUUUGGAGCUUCUCAAAGCCUUCCCAUCCUGCUCGCCUCCUCUCAGCCUCAUUAUAGAGCAUUUGCCGAAACUGCAGCCCAGGCCUUAUUCAGCAGCCAGCUCCUGUCUUAGGCACCCAGGAAAACUGCAUUUUGUCUUCAAUAUAGUGGAGUUCCCAGCAUGCUCUGGGCGGCCUGUGGGGAGGCGAGGCUUGUGUACCGGUUGGUUGUUUGACCUCAUCAAUCCUGUCCUGGUUUUCCCAGGGAAGACUGAAUCCUCCAGCAAAACGGCUCUGCAAAAGAUCCAUGUGAGUUUGAGACCCAACUGCUCUUUUCGGCCUCCCUCUGACCUGUCGGUGCCCUUCAUUAUGGUCGGACCAGGCACAGGAGUUGCGCCCUUCAUUGGCUUCCUCCAGCAAAGAGAGAAGGAGAGGCAGGAGAACCCCGAGGCCACAUUUGGCGAGACCUGGCUGUUCUUCGGUUGUCGCCACAGAGACAGAGACUACCUGUUCAGAGAGGACCUGGAGGGCUUUGUGUCCAGCGGUACUCUGAGCCACCUGAAGGUGUGUUUCUCCAGAGAUGACCAGGAGGAGGAGGAGGCCGCCACCAUCUCUCGAACACGAUGCAGAUAUGUGCAACACAACCUGCUACUUAACAGCCGACACGUCACUGACAUCCUGCUCAGACAGAGCGGUCGACUCUAUGUCUGCGGAGAUGCCAAGAACAUGGCCAAAGACGUGAACGACACUCUGAUGGAGAUGAUCAAAACGGAGCUUCAGGUGGACCAGCUGGAGGCCAUGAAGAAACUGGCACAGCUGAGAGAGGAGAAGCGCUACUUACAGGACAUCUGGGGCUGACAGCGGAUGACGAGAUAAGGGCAUUUUACAGCAGUCCACUGAGCUUCUUUACACCUUCAAAAAAAAAAAAAAAAAAUCAGCAUGCUCAGCUGUAACCUCUAGAACCAUAAAAUUGUGGAUGCUGAAGCCCAGAGUCAGUCGAGCUACUGAGAUGGAAUAUACCGUGCUGACCCGGGGGAUAUCGGUUCACUACAUCAUCUUGGGCUUUGCUGUUUGAACAGAAAUGACCUUGGUCAGGGCUGUAGUGCUGGAGAUUGGUCGUGCCGUGUGAAAAUGCUUUUAGUGUAGACAAGCCUCCUCCCUUCGUCCUGUCUGGGGAAAGGGCAUUUACUUCCGUCGGCUGUGAUGGAGCGAUUUUUGACAAGACUGAGAGUGGGAUAUCGCUCCAGCCUAGAUGGAAACAACACAGCAAUCUGUAGGUCUUAAACCACACACACACUGUAAAUUGGUUAUUGUCAUUUUUUUUUCCCAAGCUAUUUUUGUUUUUCUGCACCACAGAGUGCCUCUGGUGCCUGUGAAGUCACAAUCAGUAGAACUUCUUUUUAAAUAAAUAAAGAUGUGAAAAAGUAUCUCACUUCCAAAAGAAGUUGGUUCUCCAGCACCAUAUAUUGUCAUAUUUUCAUCCAGAAUGCUGUGGAUAUAAUCAGCUUUUUUCCCCCUUGGAGAUAAUCAAGAGGUUUUUAAUGUAUGUGAAAAACUGUCAUUUUUGUAAAUGAAGUCCUUGGAGAUGAGGGCAGUUUUCAGCCAUUUAUCAUGGUGUUAAAUUAGCACAGCGGUGGUGAAGCUCAAUGAUAACACACAGCUCUAAACUGAUCGACCUGACUCUGUGUCAGUCUGUCCCAGAGGACUGCCAGUCUGGAGAAUGUGAACUCCAACUUUUCAAAGUCCCCCAAACACAACUCAAAUCUCCCAAACUGUGGUUAAAACAAACACAUCUGUGCCUUGUGUGAUCAGGAAUUAAAAGACCUCUCAGUGUAAA